CGAAUUGAUCUCCCCAUAUCAGCUGAAGGAAAUGAUUUACGAAGGAUUCUCCGAAGCUGAAAUCGACAAACGUGUCAGUUUUUCGUUGGAGACAACAUAUGGAGUUCAAUGGGAUUGUCAUGUAACAAAAGCUAACAUUCUGCAGAUCGAACCAAUUCCUAACGAUGAGGCAAUAUUUCAAUUUAUCCAUGAGUUGGUAGUCAUCAUCGACCAUCCGGAUUACUCACAAUCGAUUCGUAAAGUAUUCCAACUGGAUAAGGCUAACGGUUCGAUUUUCGAUGUGGAAGAAGUGACUCGUAUCGUGGAUCAUGGUUACUGCAGCAAAGAUGGGGAUCUCAUAAUUUGCAUUGGUAUUCGUCCUGCCAAUGCUCUGAUUGAGAAGCAAUUGCUGAAACAUCUGUUGGAAAAAAUGGCUUCCAAAAUCGAAGAAUACGAUGACGAGUACUCCAUACAACGUUACCAGAUAAUGUCAAAUGGAUUUGGAAAAGAUAACAUAGUUAAGUGUCCGACAAUCUAUGACGUUAACAGUUGUUCGUGGAGUUUUGGAAUAAAAAAAUAUAGCCGUUCAUCUUUGGGAGUAUACAUACAGUCGUCGAAUUACAGUGCAACAUGCAGAGCCUUUAUGGAAAUCAAGUACAAUAAUAAUAAGGCGAUUAUUCAACGAUGCUCAUUGCAAUAUUUCGGACGAACAGAUUACGGUAAGAUUCUUCAUAGAUUUGACAAAUUGGACGAUUUGGACAACGAAGAUAUGCUUCUGCUCCGUUACGGCGUGCGCGCUUUGCCGGAUGCGCCUUCCUAGGGCGAAUAAAGCAACCGCAUAACUUUUUUUUCAUUUUUGCGCUGUAUCUCUAACAUCUGCUGUUCUUUCUUAUUGCACCAUGAAGACGUUGUUAAAACAUUCACCAUGAAUGUUGGAUUUAGAGUUUUAAGAGAUUUAAGAGAAAGUGAUCAUAUCUAUUUGUUUCUUAUAUGUAUUGCAAAAUUUGAACUCAACAAUGAACAAGUUGCUGUACGAAUAAAACUG